AGAUUGUGCAAAAAUACAAAAAAGGGCUUUUGCUGCAAUUCUCAUCUCUUACCACCAUCGCUUCCUUGCAAGAAAUUGAACAUCAUUCGAAGGAAUAUGAAUUCUACCUAUUUGCCAGCAUUUGAUCGUUUGAACUUAAAUGAUCAGGAAACACAAGGCAAUGCAACGCUCGCAGAUCUUCAAAAAUGCGUCCAGUCAUUGUUCUUGGAUGCAUUCGCAUCUGCUACGUUGCAAUCUGCCAAACAACAAUUGAACCACUUUCGUAUGGCGAUCCUUGGACCUGAUCGAAUCAUUGGCUUGAUCGAGAAUGGCUAUACGCAUGAACAAAUUGGAACGUUCAUUGCCAAAAAACACGAUCUUCAAGAAGUUUUUCGAAGCGUUGAAGGUGAAAUACGUGAUUUGGCUUUAGGCGUAAGUGUGAUCUUGGUUGGAUCACAAAUGCAAAAGACAGCAAGUGAACUUGAUACUCCUACUCUGAGUGCAACGAUUGCACGUUUACAACAAUUACAACAAAUCAAACAAAACGAAAUGGAAAGUAUGCAUAUAUCCGAAUUUGGCGUGAUUGAUUAUCAAGAAGUGUAUUCGUACGUUGAGAGCGAGAUCAAGAAUGGUAAUUUGACAGGCGAUCCUGUUUGGGUUGAAAAGGCUCGAUCAAAGGUCACAAAACGAAAAGUAGGGUGGAUGGUCUUGCUGCACGAAGCUCUCAAUGCAUUGGCAACAUCAUACGAUGAUGCAGCUUUGAGUAUGGAUUGGAGUGAAACCAUAUUGCACGAUACGCUCAUCUUGUCGAAAAUAAGACCGGAAGUGUUGUACAAGCUCAUAAUAAAGAAUUAUAAUCGCGAUCUUUCACGUAUCCUCUUUGCACCUUUGCGUGAAGGACAACAAGAAGCAUUCAGCUCGACAGAAGUGGAUCAGAUCACUCAGAUUGGCGUUCAAUUGCGUACACGGGUUGUGGAUGAGAUCUCAAUGCAUGCAUACGAGGCUUUACAGGCAAAAGAGUUUGAAAAAGCUCAAACUCUCUAUCUUGAAGCGUUCGAAGCAGGAGCGAAUAACCCACGCGAUUUGAUCAAUCGAGCAGUUGCAUUGUCUGCUUUAGGUCGAUUUGAAGAUGCACAAACGGCAUGUACGAUUGCUUUGGGAUUGAUUGAUGCCGUUGGGAAUUGCGCAAAUCGAAGAUCAAGUCAAGAUGAAACUUCUCGAUCUCGAACAGGAAUGCAAGGUGAAGUGGAAUUGCUUGGUCAAUUGACAACUGCAGAAGAAGAACGCUGGCAUCAUUUGUGUACCACUCAACACCAAUCAUUGCGUACGCGAGCAUUCCGUGCUACUAAGCAAGAACUUGACAGUCUUCGUUGGAGAGCGUAUGUUCGUCGUGGUCGUGCUUACAAGCAAAUCUUGCAAAAGCUUGGUGGCAUUCAUGGCAGUAUUCCGCACGAAGAUGUACGAGAAGAGUCACAAGACGAAGACGGUGCUAACCACAUUGAUGAAGAAGACUUAGCCAGAAGACGUGGUGAAGCUUUGCUUUACGCUCGAUCAGAUUUCGGUAAUGCUAUAAUGCUGGACCCAUUGCAAAACAUUCCAAGAAAAGAAUUAAUCGAACUUACGAUUGAUCCAUUGCAAAGACGUUUUUCGCAAGACGGACAACGAUUCUCUUUGGCUAGUAUUCAUUCUGUCGCUAUGCAACGUAGAAGUAUUUCUCUGUAAAAGUAUCACAAACCCACCCACCCAAAAGCAUUCUUACAGCUUUCCUUUCCAGAACGGCUCAGAAGCACAUAUUAUACCCCGUCCCU